AUGAAGAUCACUCUAUUCGCUGUCACUCUUCUUGCUUCGCUGGUAUCCGCCAGAGAAUUCGUUUUGUUUGAUGAUGCCAACUACAAUGGUGCUUCUCAUAGGGAGAUACGCAAUACCGAUGGCGCCUGCUGGAAUCUCAACGGCAAAGGCGAUCGAGCAAGUUCCGUCGGAGGUGAUGGAGGAUGUACUACUUUCUUCCGAGAGCGUGACUGCAGGGGAUCCAGCUGGCAGCAGCGCGGUUCUGCACCCACUGUUCCAGGUUUCCUUAAUGACCACAUCUGGUCAUUCCGCAACCAAUGCUAA